UUUGAGGAAAAAGCUUGACUUUAUUUUCAAGAUAAAUGUGAUUGUUGUGAAAAGGGUGCGCUCUGGCUUGGAGCUGCGCGCUCAAAGUGUGAGAGAGCGUGUUUUUCUUAUUGGAGGAUUAUCACUCCGACAGACCAAUCAGCGAUCAGCAGGGUCUUUAUAAAUCCAGCCGCAACGCUGUACCGGCACAGUUGAUUCUUCUCAGACUCAAUACGCAGUAAACAUGUCUGGACGUGGAAAAGGCGCAGGCAAAGCCAGGGCUAAGGCCAAGAGUCGCUCCUCCAGGGCCGGCCUCCAGUUUCCCGUGGGCCGUGUGCACAGGCUGCUCAGGAAGGGCAACUACGCCGAGCGCGUUGGAGCCGGAGCCCCCGUGUACCUGGCCGCAGUGCUCGAGUACCUGACCGCUGAGAUCCUGGAGUUGGCCGGCAAUGCCGCCAGGGACAACAAGAAGACCCGUAUCAUCCCCCGUCACCUGCAGCUCGCCGUACGUAACGACGAGGAGCUGAACAAGUUGCUCGGAGGCGUCACUAUCGCCCAGGGUGGUGUGCUGCCCAACAUCCAGGCCGUGCUCCUGCCCAAGAAGACCGAGAAGGCCAAGUAAAGAAACCGCCCGACCCCAUCACACAACGGCUCUUUUAAGAGCCACCCACUCUCCACAAAGGGCACUAUAUCCUGUUUUCACUGCAGAAUAAUACACA